AUGGCGAAACUAUCAGAGUUUGAGGAAAAGGGUUCAGGUUGGGCUUUGAAAAAAAUAAUAUCGUUGGAGGUUAAUAUUAACAAAUAUGAAAUCGGGAAUGUGGCUUCAUCCUUCAUUAAGCUACCGGAUCAAAUCCGAAAUAAAAACGCGUGUAUCAAUGUAAAAAACAAUGCUGAAGCUUGCUUUUUGUGGAGUAUAGGGUCAGCGCUGUAUCCUGCAAAAGCGAAUUCAGAUCGAACUAAUUCAUAUCCACAUUACACAACAGUCUUAAAUGUUGAGGGUGUGGAAACACCAAUGACUAUUGGAGGCAUUUCAAAAUUUGAGAAACAAAAUAACAUCUCUGUAAACGUUUAUGGGCUGGAAAUGAAUGUCGUUAAAGAAAAAACAUUUUAUGUAAUAACGCCGCUUAGGCUGUGUAAAACUAAAUUAGCUAGACAUGUAAAUUUGCUGAUGGUACAAGAUAAAUAUUUUCCACAAUUAAACGAUUAUGAGGCGCCUGUUGAGGAUGACGUAAUUGUAGACAUCAAGUACCAUUAUUGCAUGAUAAAGAAUCUGUCUCGGCUGUUAUCUAAGCAAGUAAGUAAACAUCAACAUAAAAUAUGUGUAUGCGAUAGAUGUUUAAAUUAUUUUAGCAGUGUUGAUAUACUUAAUCCCCAUGCAAAGUAUUCUGAGAACAUCAACGAUUGCAAAGUAUCAUUUCCACCAUAUCAACAUGUUGAAUUUAAAAAUCAUGUGUAUAAACAAGCAGCGCCGUUCGCCGUCUAUGCAGACUUUGAGACAAUGUUACAAAAAAUGAAAAAUAACCCACUUCAAAGUAAAACAGUUAAAAGUCAGGAGCAUAAAGCCUAUAGCGCCGCGUAUUACUUAACAUGUUCAUACGAUGAGUCAUUAUCUUUUUAUCGAAGCUACGCAGGUACGGACUGUAUAGAUUGGUUUGCCAAGGAGUUGGCAAUGUUUGUACAAGGAAAGAUAAAGCAUAUUGAACCCAUGAAUAUUAAGCCGAAUGCUAAUGAAGCAAUAUCCUGUUAUAUUUGUGAAAAGCCAUUUUUAGAAGAAGAUGUGGUUGUUAAAGAUCAUUAUCACUUUACAGGGGCUUUUCGAGGAUUUGCACAUCAAGUGUGUAAUCUUAAUUUUAGAAAACUGUUUGUUGUUCCGGUGUUCUUUCAUAAUCUCAGCGGUUACGACUCACAUUUCAUGAUAAGACAAUUAUCGAAAAACGGAUGUAUCAGUCUACUUCCAAUAAACAAAGAAAGAUAUAUUUCCUUUACUCUGUAG